AUGUUGCAAACAGCAAAGGAGGUUUUUGUUGUUGCUAUUUAUUUAUUUAUUUUUGGCGAGCUUGUGACUGGGAAAUGGCGCGGUCCUGUGCUUUCUUGGCAAAUGUGCGCCAAUGCCGUCCCCAGCAGAUGUGUCACUGUCGGGGGUUAUCGCACGGCGCAGGCGUUGCGCGCCCAACUUGCCAGAAGACAAGCCCCCGCCCGAGAGGCGGGGGUGAAAGGUGCUUCCAGCACCUCCGCCAUUUUUCUUCGGGGCUUACGCGAUGUAUGUAUAAAUGAGGAAUCGUCGUGGAUUCUCUUUCUAUUAGUGACGGGGUGCACAGCUGCAUACUUUCACAAAGAGAGCACGAAGACGGAUACCAAGCCUUGUCCUCUCCUCAUCUCAUCUUUCUGUUAG